GAGGAAGACCAAAAUGUCUAUGAUGCAUGCUUUCUAGUAAGUCGAGCUUGGCUCUCCAGCCAACUCUACUUCAACACUACCUGUUUAUUGAACAACUCGUUAUCCCCACGCUUACAUCACAGCAUAUGAAAAACAUGAUAAUAACAAAAAUAACUCCAACAACAGGUAAAAAUGUUGUCUACUCUUUAUUCCAGUUUUCCCAACGCUUCCAACCAACCAUUUGUUUCUAUUCAAAUAAAAACCUACAGGAAGAAAGAGCUUACUUGACCAAGACGGCAAAUUUAUCAAGAAAGCGUUAUAUGUUUCAGUCAUAAAAUAAGGGGGGAGAGCAAGUAGGCUAGAAUUUGGGGUGAAUGUUAGCUUCCUGCCCAGGCUCAGCCACUUAUAUGAUCACCCUCCAAAGUCCAAACUACUACUACUAUUUGAUGUGAAUUUAUUGAACGAGACUUGCUCGACAGUAACACUAGAAUACAUGUCUUCUAAUUUCAACUGCACCGCUCAACAAGAAACGCCUCCUUCUCUCUUUGCCCAACAACUCUUCCUGCCUCACUGAAACAAUUUUUGCCCCUAUCUAUUUAUUUUUGCCACGCCUGCCUGUAAUAACCACAUUUCUGAGACGCUAUAUAUACCCACCCAAUUACAGACCACCCUCGUCGUGAAUAGAGCUCUCUCUCUCUCUCUCUCUAUAUAUAUAUAUCUCAAAGACACACGAGAACGAGAGCAGAGACACUAUAUCGUUCUCUCUAACAAUAAUGUCUGUUGGUAUUGAAGCACAUGAAAACACCUCACUUCAUUUUUUAGUGGGCACCUUAUUGGUAGUGGUGGCGUCGACUUACCUGAUUUGGUUCUGGGUGCUGACUCGGAGACUGACGGGUCCGCAAAUGUGGCCCCUGUUGGGCAGUCUCCCAGGCCUCAUCUACAACCGCAAACGAAUGCAUGACUGGAUAGCUGACAACCUCCGGUCCACAGGUGCUGCCACCACAUACCAGACAUGCAUACUCCCCCUGCCAGUGCUGGCCCGCCGCCAUGGCCUUGUGACGGUCACUUGCAACCCGAGGAACUUGGAGCAUGUGCUUCGCACACGCUUCGAGAACUAUCCAAAGGGUCCCGUGUGGCAGGCUGCUUUCCAUGACUUGCUGGGCCAGGGCAUCUUCAACUCUGAUGGUGAGACAUGGCUCAUCCAGCGCAAAACAGCUGCACUUGAGUUCACCACCCGAACUCUCAGGCAAGCCAUGACCCGUUGGGCCAAUCGCGCUAUCAAGACCCGGCUUUGGUGCAUUUUGGCAGACCACUGUGAGCGCUCCAUUGCUGUUGACCUCCAGGAUCUCUUGCUCCGUCUCACCUUUGAUAACAUAUGUGGUCUCACCUUCGGGAAAGACCCUGAGACACUAUCACCGGACCUACCAGACAAUCCAUUCUCCUCUGCCUUUGACACUGCCACUGAAGCCACCCUCCAACGAUUUCUGUACCCAAGCUUUAUAUGGCAACUGAAGAAGGCUCUUGGUCUGGGUGCCGAACAAAGCCUCCGGAAAAGCCUCAAGGUGGUGGAACACUACAUAACCGAUGCCAUUGCUGAGCGCAAGGGUCGGCCUUCUGAUGACCUCCUCUCUCGCUUCAUCAAGAAGGGCGACAGCAAUGGCAAAGCCUUCUCCUCUUCCGUGCUUCAGUGGAUCGCUCUAAACUUUGUGCUUGCCGGCAGGGACACCUCAUCCGUUGCCCUCAGCUGGUUCUUCUGGAAUGUCAUGCAGCGACCCGACAUCGAGAUGAAGAUAGUCAAGGAGAUCACAUCGGUCCUGCGGCAGACUCGUGGUGCGGAUACCUGCCGGUGGGUUGAGGAGCCAUUGGUGUUCGAAGAGUUGGAGCAGCUGGUUUAUCUCAAAGCAGCAUUAGCUGAGACGCUGCGUCUUUAUCCAUCAGUUCCACAAGAUUCCAAGUACGUUGUGGCGGAUGACACGCUGCCAGACGGGACACAGGUGCCAGCGGGGUCCACGAUUACAUAUUCCAUCUACUCGGUCGGGAGGUUGGAGAUGAUAUGGGGAAAGGACUGCAUGGAAUUCCGACCAGAAAGAUGGCUGACCCCAGAAGGUGGUAGGUUUGAGCCGGCAAAAGAUGUAUACAAGUUUGUUGCAUUCAAUGCUGGUCCACGGACGUGCUUGGGCAAAGAUUUAGCAUACCUGCAAAUGAAGGCAAUUGCGUCUGCAGUGUUGUUGCGUCACCGCUUGGAGCUUGUGCCAGGCCAUAGGGUCCAGCAGAAAAUGUCACUCACCCUCUUCAUGAAGAAUGGCCUCCGAGUAUACAUACAACCAAGAAAACUGCAGGACUUCAUGUAUUGCUCAGAUACUGAUUUCAAUACCUUUCCUCCUAUGCCUACCGCUGCUGCCGCGUAACUUGGACCUGGUGGCAACUGCACCAGUAUCCUUUGUAUGUCUUUUAGCUAUUCAUCGGAGUUUGUUUGCAUCUGAAGUAAUAAUCAAAACCUGCUUCAAGCCUAAA